AUGGUAACGCGUAAAACCCAAUCAUCAUGGGAGGAUCUUAUUAUAAAGUACAAGCAAGAUAACAAAUUAUAUUCACGCAGUUGUAAACUUCAUAAUCGUUGUACACAGAUCUCACUGAAUGAUUCAGAUAGAUUAUGUCCUUGCGGCAGUCUAGUUCGUUGUCAUAGUUUUUGGGAUCCGAAUCUACAAAACAGAGAAAAAAACUUUAAUUUUCCUGACAAUUCUCUGGCAGGAUUUAAAUUUAAUGAUUCUACUACAACUCCUGUCACAAUAUUUGGAAGAUUAAAACCUAAUGAUUGCAAAUUUAUUCGACUGGACGUUCAAUCAGAUAUGAACAACAUCUAUCAAUUACUUGUUGAUGAUAGUGGAGGUCAAAAUCCUAAACCAGAUUUAAUAUUAAGUAUAUAUGGUGGUACAAACUAUUUUAAUAUGGUAAAACAACUUGAGAAACGAAUCAUAUGUGAUCUUAUUGAUGCUGUUAUAACAACUAAUGCUUGGAUUUUGACUAAUGGCGUCGAUAAUGGUGUAGCAAAAUUAGUUGGAGAAUGUAUAUCUUAUCAUUGCUUAUUGACAGAGAUUUCAAAGAAAAUCAAAUGUAUUGGAUUAACAAUGUGGGGAACAGUCACUGAAGAUAUGCGCUGCCGAUUAAAAUAUGAGAGUCAUGACUAUCCGAAAAACGAAAUUUAUCGACAAACUCCUGAUAAUGUUCAGGAACAUUACGAAACAAUUCAAAAAAAUCAUACGCAUUGUAUUUUAUUCGAUGAUGAAAAAUUUAAUACACAUAAUGGCGACUCACAUCGACACAAUUUAGUUCUAACAGCAUGUAAAGAUAAAGACCAUACAUGUAUGUAGUUUUUAAGCAUUGAGAUUCUUUACUACUAGUUAUAUUUAUAGGUAAUGCUGUAACAAUCAUCAUCGGAGGAAGUAAAGCCACCGACACAUUAUAAGACCCCCCUAUAUUAGAAGACCCCCCAUAAUAGAAGACCCCCUUGGAUAAAUGAAGCAAAAGACAUAUUAGAAGACCCCCCUGAUAAAAUCGAUUUUUUUACGAAUAAUUUCUGAAGUUUAUUAACUUUUUUAGUAUAUAAGUCCAUAAUUGUAUCGUAGGUCAGUAUGAACAAUAUUUUGCUUCCUUUAUGAAAAUGAUGCGCCAGGUCGAAGUGAAAAAAGUCUUGCGGAACAAUGAAUCGGAAACAACUAUUUAGUAAAGAAUGCAUUUCUGUAUAGAACUCAUAUCACGGAAUCUUUUUAGUGCUCUUUUGCAGCAUAUUCUGAAAGAAUUCUUAUGGUUC